AUGUGUAGUCAUGUCAUGGCAUUGAUAUGGCCAAUUUUGCUUUUUUCUCUAUUGUCGCUGCCCGUGCGUGUGUAUGUAAAUGUAAGUUUGAGUAGCCAAGAUGCUGGCUAUCAUCAUUCUUCUCAAGCUGCCGAUGCAACUGUUAUUCUACAUCCGUUAAAUGAAAAAGAAUGGAGGCUCUACCCGAAAAGAGACACCAAUUUAUCUAUUUUGACGAUUGUUCAGCCUGGUGCACAUUUCAUCGCAGUUAAUUUUAAGCGACUUGAUCUUUUACCAGGUGAUAAGCUCAUUGUACGAGAUCCCGAUGGUUUGGCGUCGGUCAGUAUCACUGCAAAUACCAGCACGAAGGUUGACCUCACCAAUACAUCGCCAAGUUCAGUAUUAUUACGGACUCACCCAUUUUUGAUUAAAGGAGAUCAAGUUGUUGUUGAAUAUUUUCCAAGUGUUUCAACACUUGUGCUUCCACUGAGUUUGCAACCCAGCGUUGUACUAGCCUCGUAUAUUUACGUCUUGUAUAAUUCUUCGGUUGCAGAUGUCGAUACUGAAAGCACGGUUGGUGUCAAAGAUGAAGCAAAAGAGGCUAUAUGUUAUCAAAAGACGGAACCGAAAAUGUAUGCGAAGGCUCGAGCAGUAGCAAGAUUAAUGAUCUGCAAUGACCAGAGAGGGUUUUUAAAAGAUAACUCUGAGCAAGUGACGAGCUGGGCGUUCUGCACUGGCUGGAUCCUUGGACAAGGCAAUUAUCUUAUAACAAACCACCACUGCAUGAAAGACGCAGUAGUCGCGACAGAAGUUGACGACAAUCCCUUGAAGUUAUUAUCCAAAGCCUUGAAUCGGUUAUGGCCCCAUACUCGUUCUCCAGCAAACAAAACUGGUCGUAUUGUCGAAGCAGUGGUUAGCUUUAUGGCCGAGACAAAAUCGUGCCAGGAGACAGGUUACAUAGGUGAAAAUGUUGGAGUGGUGGAAGCCACAAAAGUGUCGGUUUUGGCAGAAAAUCCAGUGCUGGACUAUGCUUUGUUACGCGUGUUGACAAAUGAAUCAACAACCGACUUGGCAAAACGCUAUGGCUCCUUGCGUCUUCGCGUUACCGGUCCUGUCGACGGCGAAGCUAUCUACAUUCCCCAACAUCCGCGUGGUGAGCCUAAGGAAAUUGCAGCAACAAAAGAUGGGAAACCUGCGGUGAUCGAAGUUUUGGCCGCCUCAAACGAUUCUUCGGACUUUUUACGCCAUGAAGCGAGCGUCAUUCAGCCAAUUGUCGAAUAUAAUGCUGACACAGAACCUGGUUCGUCCGGUUCGCCCGUAUUAAGUCAGAAAGACAACACUGUUGUGGCACUACAUCGCGCCGGAAGCUUUGAGACGCUGUCAUCCACGUCUUCGGAGCUUUAUAACAUUGGAGUUCGCGCUGAUUUUAUUGCACGCGACCUUAAGCGACGCAAAGUUCUGCCCAAAAACUCGUUGGUGUGCUAA